UUGUCAACUUAACCCAACUUUUUGACAUUUACUUUAAAAAAUUUUAAGGCUAAUUUAAUAUUUAAAAUGACACAAACAUACUCAACAAAUUGGGAUAUAGACAAAUAUAGGGAUGAUACAGAACCCGAACAUCAUUGGGAAUUGCGUCGAGAAUUUAUGAAAGUUCAUAAAGGAAAAUUUCCAGAAGAUUACCUAGUGGCUUUAGCAAAAACAUUCACAAAUAUGGAAUUCAUGGGAUGCAUAUAUCCUGCUGCUUUAAUGGUUAAAAUCGCGGAGCUUUCGAAAGAUGUUGCAAAAGAUUAUCGUGAGACGAAAAAGACAAAACUACAAAGAACUUUUGUUUCUGCCUCAAAUGCUGCUGAAAAUAAAAUUAAGAAGAGAAAAUCAGAUCCUGGGACCUACACAUCACAAAGGAAUUAACUAAAAUAAAAUAUUAGAAACGAUUAUUAUUGUUAUUAUAUUAUUUAAUGAUCAUCAGCAUUAUUAAAUUUUUAU